CGGUCAUGUGAUCAGCUGUGUCCAAUCACAGCUGAUCACAUGGGACAUGUACACUGAUCAUCAGGGCAAUGAUGAUCAGUGUGUCCUGAUGAUCAGUGUGGCCCCAGAAGUGCCACCUGUCAGUGUCCCAUCAGUGCCAGCAGUCAGUGCUCAUCAAUGCCACGUGCCAGUGCCCACAUGCCAGUGCAUAUCAGUGCAUACCAGUGUACAUCAAUGGCACAUAUCAGUGCCCAUCUGAGCUGCCUUUCAAUGUCACCCAUCAGUGCCACCUAUCAAUGCCAGUCAGUGCCACAUAUCAGUGCUGCCAAUCAGUGCCACCUAUCAGUG